GAAGUGACAGAUGAGAGAUAGCGGUGACAGCCAAUCACAAGGUAUUUCUAUCACAAAGUGACAGCAUGAAAAAAACUGCAGAGAGAGCAGAGGGUAGGGAAGAGGGCCAGGCCAAUCCGGGGCCAGAGUACAGUAACCAAUAAAGAGCAGGCCCCGCACACACCAAUGGCCGGCCCUCUUACAUCCGACUUCAGGAACUGGCUUUGCUUUCGAGAUUGCUUGGCAGGAGGGAGAGAUCUGCAUGGCCAAAUAUCAGAGUCCCCUUCCUGCAGCUGCAGCCGAGUCCCCUGGAAUAUCCUGCAACACACCUCCCCCUCCCCCUCCUCCCCCUCCUCCUCCUGUGUCCCCCCAGCAAUCCCUCCCCAGCUGGAUCUAAAAGAAGAAGACGACAAGAUGGAGCUUCGGUCAAUAAUUUCGCCCAAGUCCUGUCCUCCACUGAAUGAAGAUGCCUCGCUUUGCCUGUCUGAAGAUCUUCUGUAUUUAUAACUGCCAGGGGCCCUUCAUCCAGAUAAAUGGGCACGCUCAAUACUUGACCGCACUUUUUAUUACCACUUUCAUAUCUCUCAGGGACAUUUUCCUAUAUGGGCGCUGCUGCAAUCAAGUCAGGGAAGUCCAGUCACCAUGGAAGAUCAGCAGAUCUACAAGACUCACCUGACAUCCAACAGCAGCGAUAGUUUGUAUUAUCAACAAAUGCAACAUCAGUCCAGCAACCAGGUGCUCCACCACAGCUAUGACUCCGUAGACAUGAACGCCUCCGAGUCAUCCUCUUCCUCCCCCCACUUAUCUCAGGACUCCAGAGAUGUCACUUCAGGGGUUCAGGUGGAAGUGUCCAGGUCAUCUCCGUGGGCAAACGCUGGGUUUGCAAAUCACAGUGGAGCCCACGGUGGUUUAAAUUGCUUUGAACAAAGCUUGCAGUGGAAUCCACAAAGUAACGUAGACGAUGGAUAUCAGGUUUCCUACUAUCCUCAGCUUGACAAUCACCCUAAAACGACCAGCGGGGCCUUACACAAACUGGACUCUUUCACACAAGUUUUUGCACGGCAGAAUUUAAGGAUUCAUGCCAUGUCUCAGGGUUUACCCCAGCCGUCGCCACUGCUGGACGCUGACAGCACACUCAGGCAGCUGUUGUCACUCAAGGCGUCGGGCGAGGAGCAGACGCAACCUAGCACCCUAGCUAGGUACUCUCAGGUCUCCCAGCAGAUGCACCAAGGAUUGGCAGAUCCGCCUCAGAAGCAUUCACUGCAACAGCCUCAGACACAUUUUUAUUACGAGUAUUUGCAGCCCCCCCCUCAGGCAUCCCAGUCUAUGCAGCAGGGGCAUCAGUUCAGGCAACAGGCGCAAACCCAACAGGUACUACAGCAGCAUCCACAGGAAAGCCAGCAGAUGCAGUAUUAUAUGCAGCAGCACCCAGGAGGACAGCAGAGGCCCUCAACGCAGCAGUUUUCUGGUCAGAUGUCUCAGUAUUACCCUGUACAGUCUGCAGAACUGCAUCACAAUAUACAACAACCUCAGCAACAUCACAUGCAGCUUCAGCAACAGUCAUAUAAUGAAGAUUGCACAGCAAAGGCUGAAAAUUACCAGCAGGACCACUCCCAGAGCAUGCAGCUGAUUCAGCUGGGGUCAGUUCCACAGUAUGUGUAUCAAAACACGCAGACGCUUCGGCAUCCUUACAAACAAAACUUGACGCCACGGCAGCAUCUACCACAGGAGGCCAGCCCACAGAAACAGUAUAACGUGGAAAAUCGGCAAACAGUUCUCAUGGAUAGUCCAGUGGCAAUGCCCAGUGCAGACCAGUUAGAUAACAACUACAACCAGGAGGCUCUGGGAAUUUUGGCCAACACUACUCACCAGCAAGUCCUAGCUGCAGACAACAGCCCUUACAUACUUGGCAGCCAAGGUCUUCACCACUCGCCUACCACACCUUGGCCACAGCCUGUUCCAGAUGGAAAGACAAAGACCAUCUCUCCGGAUAACAGGACCCUGCUCCCAUGCUCCGUGUGCUUUAAGGAGUUCAGAAGCCUGCCAGCUUUGAAUGGCCACUUGAGGUCGCAUGGUGGGGUGAGAACCAACACGGCCCACAAACAGGAGGAAGGGGAGAAGUCGCAGUCUAGCGAGGCGGAGAACCUCACCCCCAUCGUUAUGCCUGUCUCUGUGCCUGUAAAGCUUGCGCCUCCAGAGCCUAAUGCACAGCCCAUCAGCAAAGCAGAGAAGCUCAAGGGCUGUGCAUCCGAUGACGAAAUGCCCAUCCUAACGAGGAUGACUUUUACCCCGCCGUCCUCUCCAAAAGUGGUCAGCUCAUGCGCCUCUUCUGAAACAAUCAGAAUGCAUCAUCAGUCUGGUACGAAAUUGCGUAAACCAGAAGAUCACACCAAACCUCUCCAGGAAAGAAGAAAGUACCGCCAUAGGCCCGAGCCUCUCUUCAUACCACCUCCUUCCUUCAAUGUGAAUAUGUCUCACUCAGGAGCAACUUUGUACCAAAGCCAACUCCGCUCUCCACGCAUUAUUGGAGAGACGCUGCUGGGAACCCACGAGCUGCCGACUUACACACCGCCUCCGAUGCUCAGCCCAGUGCGCCAGGGUUCAGGACUCUUCAGUAGCGUCAUCACAGCUGCACAUAAUGCCCACCUCCCUCUCACACCUCUGACGCCCACUCCAAGAGUGCUGCUUUGUCGCUUCAAUAGCAUUGACGGAACUGGUGCGAUUGUAACACCUGGGCCUGGAGAACACACUGUUGAUGUUGAACCGAGGAUUAAUAUUGGAUCAAGAUUCCAGGCAGCGAUCCCAAAUUUCCAGUGUCGGCCAUCACCGAAGAAGGAGAUGCACAAAGCCACUCUGGUGUGGAAGCCUUUGCCGGAUCUAGAGAAGGAGGAGUCACAGAAAAAAGUGGAGGUGUUCCUGAGCAUGUCCUGCUCCAGUGUCCUGCCAGGCGGAGGAACCAAUUUGGAGUAUGCUCUGCAUUCCCUCUUUGACACCAAUGGGAACAUCAUGAGCGCUCUGGAGAUGCUGCUAUUGAAAGAAAUGCCAAGGCUAAAAAGCCACCCACUAGCAGACUACCACUAUGCAGGAUCAGACUAUUGGAACAACAACGAGAAGAAGAGCUUUAAUAAAGCUUUAAUUACCUGCAAUAAAGACUUCUUCUAUGUUCAAAAGAUGAUAAAGACAAAAACGGUGUCACAGUGUGUGGAAUAUUACUAUACAUGGAAGAAAAUACUGCACAUGGGUCGUCGCCAUAGAACGCGCAUGGUUGAACUUAAUGAAGAUGACACCACAAGCGUGGAUGAUGUUGAUGAUGAAGAACUUGAAAACAGAAAACAUGAAGAAAACUCUGAGCCAGCUCAGAAAUCGCCAGAUCCCCUCCACCCCGCAGAGGUGGGCAAUUUAGUGGCUGAAAACAUUGGCCCUCCUGCUGUUUCAUUUGUGUGCGAAAUGGGAAACUGUGGAGCUACGUUCUGCUCCAAGCAAGCAUUGAACGGUCACGCUCGUAUUCAUGCCGGGACGAGUGUUCACAGCAAAGUGUUCUCAUCUGCUGGCGCAAGCAGACAGAAGUCCGGCACACAGACUGGAUACUGUUCUGUGAAGAGCUCCCCUGCACACAGCACCACCAGCGGAGAAACCGACACCACGUCUGCGUUUCCCUGUAAAAUCUGCGGCAAGGUCUUCUACAAGAUCAAGAGCCGGAAUGCACAUAUGAAGACUCACAGGCAACAGGAGGAGCAACAGAAACAAAAGGCUCAGAAAGCCGCCGUGGCAGCUCAAAUGGCUGACACUAUUUCCAGAACCCCUAGAAGGACUAUUGUGCCCACUGAUGGCAUCAUGCUGUUCGACCACUUUAGUCUUCUUAAACCCACCGAGGAGGAUUUUGAUGACGACGUGGCCCAGGAUCUACAGGAUGUCUUGGAGGAGACAGAGGUGAUGCACUCUUAUCUAUUACUGGACGAAGAGGAUGUGGAUCUCCUGCAGGAUGGUGCUGACUUGUAACCUGCUGUCAUGGCUGGUCAUCAAAGCAUAAUGGGACUUGUUAUCAGGGAGUCUUGUACCUCUUUCAUUGAGUGGAGUGGACAUGUGGGACUUGUCAUCAAGGUGUCUUGUACUUAUACCUCCUUCAUUGAGUGGAUUAUACACGUGGACACGUGGGACUUGUCAUCAGGGUGUCUUGUACCUCCUUCAUUGAGCGGAUUAUACACGUUUCCACUGAGGAAACUGCAGUGGUAUACAUUGCAAAGAUCUGUUUGGGUGCCUUAUUGCCACUAACAUAAACGAAUCGUCUGGUGACUAUGACGAGCAGUUUGGUGUUCUAUGGUAUGGACUGUUCCAUUUUAUGCUUUGCAUAGAAAACGUUUUCUUUAUUAAAAUGGUUUUAAUUGUUUACA